UAGGGGAAGAGCCUGAAGGACACCAGAAGAUGCUAUGUAGUUACUGCCUCCUGUUCCUGCCUUUGUGUUUUUGAGUGUUGAAUUCAAAGAGAGUAUCUGGACGCAGUAGUAGAGGAAUCGCUUUUAGCACCCUGGAUCUUUCUUGUGUCUCAUUGAGAUUAUUCCUGGAGGAAUGGAAGCUGGAAUGUCAGUGCUCCCGUACCUUUGAAAUAGCUGCAUUGCAGCAUGCCAUCUUUCAUCUGUCUCUAUCUGUGUUCAAAGUCCCUCUUAGGAUUUGGAGAACAAUCAACCAUGACGACCGAAUCUGGCUCAGACUCGGAAUCCAAGCCGGAGCAGGAGGCCGAGCCCCAGGAGGCGGCGGGGGCGCAGGGGAACGCGGGGGCGCUGCAGGGGCCAGGGCCCGAACCCAGCGGCGAGGAGCAGCACCAGGCCCUAGAGCAGUUCCAGGCCGCGGCACACAGCACCCCGGUGAGGAAGGAGGUCACUGACAAGGAACGGGAGUUUGCUGCUGGGGCUGCGAAACAGCUCGAAUAUCAGCAACUGGAAGACGAUAAACUUUCUCAGAAGUCAUCUAGCAGUAAGCUAUCUCGAUCUCCAUUAAAGAUUGUCAAAAAGCCUAAAAGCAUGCAGUGCAAAGUGAUACUUCUGGAUGGGUCAGAAUACACCUGUGAUGUGGAGAAACGCUCCAGAGGCCAGGUGCUGUUUGAUAAAGUAUGUGAACAUCUGAAUUUGCUAGAAAAAGACUAUUUUGGGCUUACAUAUCGAGAUGCUGAAAACCAGAAGAAUUGGCUGGACCCUGCUAAGGAAAUAAAAAAACAGAUUCGAAGUGGUGCUUGGCACUUUUCAUUUAAUGUGAAAUUUUACCCACCAGACCCUGCCCAGCUAUCCGAAGAUAUCACCAGGUACUACCUCUGCCUACAACUGCGAGACGACAUCGUGUCCGGAAGGCUGCCCUGCUCCUUUGUCACCCUGGCCCUGCUGGGCUCCUAUACCGUCCAGUCCGAACUUGGAGACUACGACCCAGAUGAAUGUGGGAAUGAUUACAUUAGUGAGUUCCGCUUUGCGCCAAACCACACGAAGGAACUGGAAGAUAAAGUGAUCGAGCUGCACAAGAGCCACAGAGGAAUGACGCCAGCAGAAGCAGAGAUGCAUUUCUUGGAAAAUGCCAAAAAACUGUCCAUGUAUGGGGUUGAUUUACAUCAUGCCAAGGAUUCUGAAGGAGUAGAAAUUAUGUUAGGAGUUUGUGCGAGUGGUCUGUUGAUAUAUCGUGACCGCCUGAGGAUCAACAGAUUUGCCUGGCCUAAGGUUCUAAAAAUUUCGUACAAACGGAACAACUUUUACAUUAAGAUCCGGCCAGGAGAGUUUGAACAAUUUGAAAGCACCAUUGGGUUUAAGCUGCCAAACCAUCGAGCUGCCAAGCGUUUGUGGAAAGUGUGUGUUGAACACCAUACAUUUUUCAGACUGUUGUUACCAGAAGCACCUCCAAAGAAGUUCCUGACCUUGGGCUCCAAGUUUCGUUAUAGCGGCAGGACACAAGCCCAAACAAGGAGAGCCAGUGCGUUGAUAGACCGACCUGCCCCUUACUUCGAACGCUCGUCCAGCAAACGCUAUACUAUGUCUCGCAGUUUGGAUGGAGCGUCAGUGAAUGAAAACCAUGAAAUAUACAUGAAGGAUUCUGUGUCUGCUGCAGAGGUUGGUACUGGCCAGUACGCCACAACAAAGGGCAUCUCUCAGACCAACUUGAUCACCACCGUGACUCCCGAGAAAAAGACCGAGGAGGAACGGGACGAGGAAGAGGACAGACGGAAAAAGGCGGAAGAAGUCACGCCGGUCGCAGCAGUACGGCAGGAGGGAAAGUCACCUGGGCUUGGCACUGACUCAUGUCCCCUGUCCCCCCCAUCAGCCCAUCGUUCCCCCGCAUCCCCCCCAGAGCUCCGUAGGAGGUGUAAGGAGAAUGACUGCCAAGCCCCGGACUUGGAGGCUGCCAGAGGCACUGUGCGUGUGCUCGGAGAGCCCACCAUGGACUCUGACCCCAAAGGGAAGCCAUCCUUAGGGGACCAAGAUGUGGCUUUUAGCUACAAACAGCAAACUGGCAAAGGGACCACCCUGUUUUCCUUCUCCUUGCAGCUCCCGGAGUCAUUCCCAUCUCUUCUCGAUGACGAUGGGUACCUCUCUUUCCCCAACCUGUCAGAAACCAACCUCCUCCCCCAGAGCCUGCAGCAUUACCUCCCGAUCCGCUCGCCCUCCCUUGUGCCCUGUUUCCUCUUCAUCUUUUUCUUUCUGCUCUCCGCCUCCUUCUCAGUGCCAUAUGCCCUCACUCUCUCCUUCCCUCUGGCUAUGUGCCUCUGCUACCUGGAGCCCAAGGCGGCCUCCUUGAGUGCCUCACUAGACAAUGACCCGAGUGACAGUUCAGAGGAAGAGACCGACAGUGAGCGCACGGACACCGCGGCCGAUGGGGAGACCACCGCCACUGAGUCGGACCAGGAGGAAGACGCAGAGCUCAAGGCACAGGAGCUAGAUAAAACUCAAGAUGACCUGAUGAAACAUCAAACCAAUAUUAGUGAGCUGAAAAGAACCUUUUUAGAAACCUCCACAGACACUGCCAUCACGAAUGAAUGGGAAAAGAGGCUUUCUACCUCCCCCGUGCGACUAGCCGCCAGGCAGGAGGAUGCGCCCAUGAUCGAGCCGCUGGUCCCUGAAGAGACCAAAGAAGAAAGAGACAUUUCUGAAAAAGUUAAAUUUUUGCAGCAAGGAAGCGCUCCAUUCCUUGAGUCUCAGCCGAGUCUGAUACAGAAAAUGCAGGAAGGAGACUCUGCGGGUUCUGUGGUUACCUCUCGCCAAAUCAUUUUCCAGAAAACGGUCCCAUCGACCCUAGAGGGCACAGAGGAUUGGGUUAUUGUAGACAAAGUACCCACUGAGGUAGUUGACGGUGAUUCGAGAAAGAUUGUGACUUACAAGGUGGUGACCGUGAGCAGUAGAAGCGGUGACAUCCCCGCUGAUCUGUUAAGAUCCGGUGCCCUUGAAAUGCAGAGCUUCGAUGACUUGGCCCGGGAAAUGCAGUUGGGAGGAGAAAGCAAACAGAAAAUAUACACUCUGGGCAAAUCCUAUGACACAGUAUCUGGGAAGAUCGUUACCAUGACUGGAAAAGGCAAGGAGGGGGAGAAGGGAGUGCAGCCCUGCAGUCUGGAAACCUUUCAGAAAACAGACACAGGAUCGUCAGAGUCCGUGAAGGUCAUUCCAGUCAUGGCCGAUUAUGAGGUCCCGGAUGCCGUCCCUGAUGAGAAAUCCAAAAGGGGACCUGAGGUCCACACCCCCAAACGGAAAUUGUCUGAAUCCCUGGCUCCCAUCCAGGAAGCCGAGUCCCGGCGGCCAAGCCCCGAGGAAGAAGAGCUGCAGAAAGCCCCGAUGCUGGGCCGGGACACGGGACCCCAUGUGGGGCUGGACAGCACGCGCCUCAGCAGGACGGAGCUGCUGCCUGAGGGCGAGGUCUUGAAAGUGGGGCUCUUUGGUCCCAGGCGGAAGAGCCUGUCUGAGUGGAGAUACUCCCAGGAGCCGGCCGUCACCGUGGCCACUGCUCAUUACGUUACUGAGUCGGCCACGUCCCGAGUUGUGACUAAACAGUCUUCUGCUGAAAAGCUCAUGGAUGGCUCUGAAAUCUUCAGUUUAUUAGAGUCUGCAAGAAAACCAACAGAAUUCAUAGGAGGGGUUACUUCUACUUCUCAAAGCUGGGUUCAGAAAACGGAAACCAAGACGGGGUCCAGCAAGACUGAGACGGAAACAAGCCAGCACCCCGAGCCUCUGAGCACCGAGAAGGUUGUGCAGGAAACCGUGUUGGUGGAGGAAAGACAUGUGAUGAAUGUGCAUGCGAGUGGGGAUGCUUCUUAUGCAGCUGGAGAGGACGUGGAUGCUGGAGCCCAGGCAACGUCUGCCGACGCUUCUAGCUUAAAAGGGAAGGAGGGCUCUCCUCUGAUGGAGGGGCCUAAGGAGGAGAAGGGGAAGGUGGCCGAUAAAGCUGUCCUCGAACAGGAAGAGACGGCCGCUGCCUCCCAUGAGCCAGAGGAGCAGCAGAGUGCAACAAUCCACGUUUCUGAAACUUGGGAACAAAAACCACAUUUUGAGUCAUCAACCGUGAAGACAGAAACCAUCAGCUUUGGCAGUGUUUCACCAGGAGGCGCAAAGCUAGAACUUUCUACCAAGGAGGUGCCGGUCGUUCACACGGAAACAAAAACCAUCACGUAUGAGUCAUCACAGGUUGAUGCCGGCGCUGAUUUGGAGCCGGGCGUGCUCAUGAGCGCACAGACGAUCACAUCUGAAACCACCAGCACCACAACCACCACCCACAUCACCAAAACUGUGAAAGGAGGCAUUUCAGAGACGAGAAUUGAGAAGCGGAUAGUCAUCACAGGAGAUGCAGACAUUGACCAUGACCAGGCGCUGGCUCAGGCAAUUAAAGAGGCCAAAGAGCAGCACCCUGACAUGUCAGUGACCAAAGUAGUGGUCCAUAAAGAGACAGAGAUCACACCGGAAGAUGGAGAGGAUUGACCUCAGGAAUAACUUAGCCUGCUCAUGAAUCCAGUCAUGCAAACCGUUAGGAAAACCAGAGCCUAUAUGGAGUUCCCUCUUCUAACCCAACUGACUUGUAUCUGCCCAUGGAAAAUUUCAAUCCAGAAGAACUGACCUUGACCAUUAAUAAAGACACUGGCAGAGAGAUCUUCCCAUAAUAAAGCAAUCCGAAUCAGCAUCACAAAACUGAUACUGCAUGAAGCAACGAUAAAAUUACAAAAGAGUAGCAUUUUUAAUUUCCACCAAGUGUCUAAGUUUUCAGCUAUACCUGCACGUUCAUAACCAACAAUAUAAACCGUGAUCUCAUGUAACACAUAAACAAUUCAUGCCUUUCAUAGUUUAUUAUUAAAGUCUAAACAAAAAUCGCAAUUUCUUAGGUGACAGAUCUUUUGUUUACAGACAAAUGAAGAUUACCCUAAAAUGCUAGAAGCUGUCUAGGUCUAAUGUGUCAGGUUUAUUCCAGAUUAGAUGUGCCAAUAACCGAGUUUAUUCAGUAAACAACUUGAAUCUUGUACUUGUCUCACCUGGUUUUAUUACUCUCACCCAUACACAGCAACGACUCUCAAUCCUCCGGAAAUAUUUAAUGCUUACAAUCCUGCUUUGUGUAUCUAAUUUAAUUCGUUAUAAGGUAGUACUGAUUUUAGCAUAUUAAUGUGAUUUCUUCCUUGUUCGCUUUGGUCUGCGUCCAACCUGGAAAGUUUCCAAGAGUUCCCUAACAAGCCCUGAAUAUGUAAAUUGUCAUUAUUUGGGGGAAGAAAACCUGUUUCUCUUAGUUUACAAUAUUAUGAAAUUUCACUCCGGAAAGAUCUGUUGGGCUUCUGUUGCAUUGUUUUCUCUCUUCGUUUCUUCUUCCUUGUGUUUUUAAGUUGAUUUUUCUUCUUUUACUUGAAAAAAAAAAGGUGUUUUAUUUCUAAAUCUGGUCCAUAUUUACAAUCUAGUUCAGAGCCAAGCCUUAAAUUGUACAGAAUUUCCACUGUAAUUAAACUAUUUAGUGUUUAGUUAUAAAUAGCCUUCAAAAGAUAUAUUCUCCAUUACACUGUCAACUGCAUCACACAGCCCAUGGUGAAUGUAUGUUUCCGCAUAGCGAAAUAAAAAUGGUAAAUGCAUUUAAA